UCGGCGAUAAUCUUCGAGUGCGAUAACAGUACAAGAACGCGUGCCUUAUGUGUAUAACUAUAACCUUUGAUUUGAUGCGAUCUCUUCCGUAAUCACAGUCCGCGCAUUCAGUUCUCCGGGCACUGCUGCUAAGGGCUCCAAGUGACCACUGAUCCAGGCGUACCACCCGCAAGGAGGAUAAACCCGAAACAGAGACCUGAAAUUGGAGUGGCCACUUACGAAGGCUGAAAUCAAACCUUCCCGCCCUCUUACCGGUUUUACAGCCCAGAAAACUGACCGCGCAAGUUUUCGGUUCUUGCAUACGCCCCAAUAACUGCUGUCGCCCGCAUAUUUAGAAACCUGAAUCCGAACCAAAUCAGAACAGUGGUCGCGCAGACAUGGCGGAGGGUAAAUCGGAGAAGUCGCCUUUUAUUGGCCGGCAGCAGGCGGCGGUAACGCUGAAUCCUUCCUGGGAAUCCAAGCUGCCGCCCCACGACUCCAAUGGCCAGGGAUCCCAGUCGGUGCUGGGGAAGCUGGGCCUCCCGGCGCCCAAAGACAAGUACCUCAUCGUGUUCUUCAUAUUCCUGCUGCACGGCGUGGGAACGCUGAUGCCGUGGAACAUGUUCAUCACCGCCAAGUCCUACUUCGAGGACUUCAAGUUCGGACCCAACAACACGGUGGCCACCGACGUGAGUUACCGAACGCACUUCAUGCAGAACAUGGGCUUCGCCUCGCAAAUUCCCAACCUGGUCUUCAACUGGCUGAACAUCUUCGUCAACUUCGGCGGCGACCUGACCAGCCGGAUCGUGUACAGCAUCAUCUUCGAGAUGGUCAUCCUGCUGGUGACCAUUGUGUUGGCCAUGCUGGACUCGUCCCAGUGGCCGGGCGCCUUCUUCUGGACCACCAUGGUGUGCAUUGUGCUCCUGAACGUGUGCAACGGCAUCUACCAGAACACCAUCUACGGGAUUGUGGCCUCGCUGCCCAUCAAGUACACGGGUGCCGUGGUGCUGGGCUCCAACAUCAGCGGUUGCUUCACCACUGCCAUGGCCCUGCUCUGCGGCGAGAUUUUCGACUCGAAGAGGACCUCGGCCAUCUACUACUUCGUCACGGCCAUUCUGGUGCUAUUGCUCUGCUUCGACACCUACUUCGCCCUGCCGCUGAACAAGUUCUUCCGGCACUACGAGACCAUCAGCCGGAGCAGCGAGAAGAAGUCGGACUCCAAACAACAGCUGAACGUGCCCUACUGGCAGAUCUUCAAGAAGGCCUCGCCGCAGCUCCUCAACAUCUUCCUUACGUUCUUUGUGACGCUCUCCGUGUUCCCGGCAAUCCAGUCGAACAUCCACCGCUCGGAUCCGGACUUCAUUGUGGGCCCAAAUUACUUUACGCUCUUCACCUGCUUUAUGACCUUCAACGUGUUCGCGAUGCUGGGCAGUUUGACGACAUCCUGGGCCCAGUGGCCGGGACCGAGGUUCCUGUGGGUGCCGGUCGUGUUGCGCCUGGUGUUCAUACCCCUUUUUGUCAUGUGCAACUACGCCCCGCCGGACAAAGUGCGUGUUCUGACCGUCUUCAUCGACAACGAUUGGGUCUACUGGGGCAUCGCGAUCGCAAUGGCCUACAGUUCCGGGUAUCUCAGCUCGCUGGGUAUGAUGUACGCCCCGCAGACGGUGCACGCCAAGUACCAGACUACGGCCGGAAUGUACGCAGCUGCCAUGCUGAUCACGGGCAUCUUUUCCGGAGUGCUGUUCUCGUACCUGGGCCCAUAUUUUGUCAUUUAAUCAUACAUAAAGACUUUGUUCGUAUGACACUUACUAACAAUUCACUUCAUUGUUCGUUUCUUAACACGUAUUUGACCCAUUAUAUUGAAUUUAGUUUUGCGCUCAAGACCAGUUCUGGGACCUGGCCAGUUGGUUUCGUUUUAACCAAUCAUUUAUACACUUUUUAUUUAAUAAAGUUUUUCAAUUUGUAUUUUAAA